GCCGGCCAUACCUUCUAGUAGAAGUAUUUUUCUCCAUGUGGGACUCUCUGCGAAGGUAAUACCAGUGCGCAGCCGUGUCUAUAGCUCGACUUAUCCCUGCUUGCUUUUUGUGCUCCUGUUAGAAAUAAUGCACAGACAAAGAGGAGCUAACCACUGGUGGCCCUGUUGGUGCAUUGCUACAGUAACGCUGGCUAUCAGUAACCACUCAAAUAGCGUUAUUGUUUUGACAGCUACGUUUUGUCUGUGUUUAUUAUUUGUUGUUUCUCUCUGACACAUAACUUGGCACCUUAUCAGUACUUAGGUAAAGGUAGCUAGCGUCAACCAAACAAAUCGUUUCGCAGUGCAGCGCUAGGCUGGCAGUUAUUUAGCCAAGGUUAGUACGAGCUUUUGCUCCUUGGUUUCAUUGGUUGACAUGCAGAGGAUUUGUUAUUAAAUUCUUAGCUUGUCAGUUAUCUUUAUCCUUGUGGUUAGUCACUUAGAGCGUGGCCGAUGAUGUGUUUAGUCGCUGAAUGACAGCUGCUUGCUGGUUGCCAAAAUUGAACCCUAGUGUCAGUGUUGCCAUAUAUGGAUUGGCAAAUGGGGCACUGGAGCAGCUCACGGAACUAUCAGACCUGCAGAGGGACCCACCUGCCCAGUGCUCUGCUGGACCCGUUGGAGAUGAUUUGUUUCACUGGCAGGCAACAAUAAUGGGUCCAAGUGACAGCCCAUAUCAGAGUGGAGUGUUUUUCCUAACCAUUCACUUCCCAACAGAUUACCCCUUCAAACCACCCAAAGUUGCAUUCACAACAAAAAUUUACCACCCUAACAUCAACAGCAAUGGAAGUAUUUGUCUGGAUAUACUAAGAUCACAAUGGUCACCUGCACUUACAGUAUCAAAAGUAUUAUUGUCAAUCUGCUCUCUUCUUUGUGAUCCGAACCCGGAUGACCCACUGGUACCAGAGAUUGCCCAUACAUACAAGGCUGACAGGGAAAAGUACAACAAAUUAGCAAGAGAAUGGACACAGAAGUAUGCAAUGUGAGAAUGCCAGGGAGAUUAAAAUACAAAUGAGAACAAAAGAAACACAUUUGAUUUGUAACUUGAGGCAAAUGAGCAACAGAGGGAAAAAAACUAGACAAUAGCCCAUCUUUUGGAGAAGGAAGCGAUACAAUGAGGUACAGUGCCACCUGGCUUUCCGUGUGCUGAGCUGCUACCAUAUGCUGUCCUUCAUAACUGGUACGGAUCUGCUGAGCAGGACCUGAUGGGCUCCUUAAAGCACUCUCAUAUGGAAUACCGGAAACUCCUCACAGUCCAUAUCACCACACACAGACUCUAAACUCUUUAUCCUGCUAUUGUGAUCAUCACUAUCAUUUUUGCUAUUCAUAUGCAUCAUUUUCACUGUCAAAGAGUCAUAUCAUUGUGCUAAUCAGAAGCAAAAUGUUUGAUUGAUGUAGGAUAUUGGCUCUUCCUUUAUUUCAGAGGUACUGUCUGUGUCCCACUGGAUGUAUUGUUAUUACUGUAUUUCCAUGUAUUUAGUGGCCUUUCUGUGUUAUUAUUUUCAAACGGUGUAUGUGCAAUUGAGGCAGAACACUCCCUGUUCAACACAAAAUGGUGCAGUGCCAUUACCAGCAGCUGAUCUGUUGGCACAUACUGUCUCCACCCCGGAUCAAUGUGAAAGAUGUAAAGAAGGAUCGGUCUCUAUUACCCAAUGCAUUUGAAAUUGCAACAGUAUUUAGGGCUUUUGAAGACAUUAGAGAGCUGCUUUUAAGAGCUAGCUGGCCCUUGCCUCACUGUGUUGGGACUCCACAGGGAAAAUGUCAACAUCCAUUUUUUUUCACACAUGCUGUAAUUGCCCUUAUAACCUGUAUCAGUAACCACCCAUGGCUGGUGUCCACAGUGCACAAAAUACUAGUGUUUUAUGACUUGUUCCUUGUUGUGUAGCUAUGAACGAAGCUACUCUUUGGCAUAUAGCUACGCUGUGUGCCGCCUCCUCAGUACAGUUACUCAGGUAUCUAACCAAAUCAUCAGCCUUUACAGCAGUGACCCAUGGUGAGAAAAAUGACCAGGGGCCAUACCAUCAGGCUUCUAAAAAAAAAAAAAAAAAAAAAAAAAAAAAAAAUGCGUAUC